AUGAGCACAAUUUACAGCUCUACGGAGCCAACGAUCUCCACUUUCAACAGUCCACAUUAUAACCCGCAAUUGGUUGAAGGUGUCGAAUCGGUUCUUAUCGUCGGUUCUGGUGGGUUAGCCAUUGGACAAGCUGGUGAGUUUGACUAUAGUGGUUCCCAGGCCAUCAAGGCUUUGAAGGAGGCAAACAAGCAAACGAUCUUGAUUAACCCUAACAUUGCCACUAAUCAAACUUCCCAUUCUUUGGCUGAUAAAAUCUACUAUAUUCCAGUGACCCCAGAAUACAUCACAUAUGUCAUUGAACGUGAGAGACCAGAUGCAAUCUUGUUGACCUUUGGUGGUCAAACCGCUCUGAACUGUGGUGUGGCUCUAGAUAGGAUGGGCGUCUUGCAAAAAUACAACAUCAAGGUUUUGGGUACUCCAAUCAGAACUUUAGAGCUGACUGAGGAUAGAGAAUUGUUUGCUCAGGCUCUACAAGAAAUCAAUAUCCCAAUCGCCAACUCUAUUGCUUGUGAAACUUUGGAUGAGGCCCUUAGCGCCGCUGACGAGGUUGGCUACCCUAUCAUCGUUAGAUCUGCCUACGCCUUAGGUGGUUUAGGUUCCGGUUUUGCCAACAACGCAAAAGAAUUGAAAGAAUUAGCAUCUCAAUCGCUUUCCCUAGCACCACAGAUCUUGGUCGAGAAGUCCCUAAAGGGCUGGAAGGAAGUUGAGUAUGAAGUCGUCAGAGACAGAGUCGGCAACUGUAUUACUGUCUGUAAUAUGGAAAAUUUGGACCCACUGGGUGUUCACACCGGUGACUCCAUCGUCUUUGCUCCAUCUCAGACUCUAUCAGAUGAAGAAUACCACAUGUUGAGAUCCGCGGCUAUCAAGAUCAUCAGACAUCUAGGUGUCAUUGGUGAAUGUAACGUCCAAUACGCUUUGCAACCAGAUGGAUUGGAUUACAGAGUUAUUGAAGUCAAUGCUCGUUUGUCUCGUUCCUCUGCCUUGGCUUCCAAGGCUACUGGUUACCCAUUAGCCUACACCGCCGCUAAGAUUGGUUUGGGUUACACUCUUCCAGAACUACCAAACCCAAUCACCAAGACUACUGUGGCCAACUUUGAACCUUCGCUAGACUAUAUUGUUGCCAAGGUUCCAAAAUGGGAUCUGUCCAAGUUCCAAUAUGUUAACAGAGAAAUUGGAUCUGCCAUGAAAUCUGUCGGUGAAGUCAUGGCUAUCGGCAGAAACUUCGAAGAAGCUUACCAAAAGGCUUUGAGACAAGUUGACCCAUCUCUACUGGGUUUCCAAGGUUCUGAUGAAUUUGGUGACAAAUUGGAUGAAGCUCUUUCUGUUGCUACCGAUAGAAGAGCAUUGGCCGUUGGUCAAGCCUUAUUGCAUGAAAACUAUACGGUCGAGAGAGUCCACGAGUUAACCCAUAUCGAUUCCUGGUUCCUACACAAAUGCAUGAACAUUGUUAAUAUGUACAAAAAACUGGAAGCCGUUAACUCUUUAGAAGCAUUGGACAAACAGUUGUUGCAAGAUGCUAAGAAAAAGGGUUUCUCUGACAAACAAAUUGCACUAUCGAUCAACAAGAACUCUGACGCCAAUGUCCACGAGUUGGAUGUCAGGAAAGUUAGAAAAUCAUUUGGUAUCAUUCCAUUUGUCAAGAGAAUCGACACUUUGGCAGCUGAAUUCCCAGCCAACACCAACUAUCUGUACACCACUUACAACGCUACCAAGAAUGAUGUAGAAUUCACCGAUAAAGGUAUGCUAGUUCUCGGUUCCGGUGUCUACCGUAUUGGUUCCUCUGUUGAAUUCGACUGGUGUGCCGUCAACACCGCUAAGACUCUAAGAGGUGAAGGUAAGAAGACCGUUAUGAUCAAUUACAAUCCAGAAACCGUUUCUACUGAUUUCGACGAAGUCGACAGACUAUACUUUGAGGAACUAUCUUUCGAAAGAGUCAUGGACAUCUAUGAGCUGGAGAAUUCUGAAGGUUGUGUGAUCUCAGUUGGUGGUCAAUUACCACAAAACAUCGCACUCAAAUUGCACGAAAACGGUUGUAACACCUUGGGUACCAGCCCAGUGGACAUCGACAGUGCUGAAAACAGACACAAGUUCUCAUCCAUCUUAGACUCUAUCAAUGUUGGUCAGCCAGAAUGGAGUGAAUUGACCUCUGUCAGUGAAGCCAAGAAGUUCGCUAACAAAGUCAGCUACCCAGUGUUAAUCCGUCCAUCUUACGUUCUAUCAGGUGCUGCCAUGAACGUGAUCCACAACGAAGAUGAGCUAGAGGACAAAUUGACUUUGGCCUCUGCAGUUUCACCAGACCACCCAGUGGUGAUGUCCAAGUUCAUUGAGGGAGCCGAAGAGAUCGAUGUCGAUGCUGUUGCUUACAAAGGUGAAGUGCUAGUUCAUGCAAUCUCCGAGCACGUCGAAAACGCUGGUGUUCAUUCUGGUGAUGCUACUUUGAUCCUACCACCUCAACAUUUGAGUGAAAAGAUCAAGAAGGAAUUGAAGGAGAUCGCCGACAAAGUCGCCCACGCAUGGAAAAUCACUGGUCCUUUCAAUAUGCAAAUUAUCAAGGAUGGUGAAGAUUUGAAGGUCAUCGAAUGUAACAUCAGAGCAUCUAGAUCCUUCCCAUUUGUCUCCAAGGUACUAGGUGUUAACUUCAUCGAGAUCGCCGUCAGAGCCUUCUUGGGUGGUGAAAAAGUACCUAAACCAGUGGACUUGAUGAGCAAAAAAUACGAUUACGUGGCUACGAAAUGUCCACAAUUCUCAUUCACAAGACUAGCCGGUGCCGAUCCCUUCCUCGGCGUAGAAAUGGCUUCCACUGGUGAAGUCGCUUCCUUCGGUAAAGACGAGAUUGAAAGUUACUGGACCGCAAUGCAAAGUACCAUGAACUUCCACGUCCCAUUGCCACCAAAUGGUAUCCUAUUCGGUGGUGACCUGAACAAGCCAUUCUUGGGUGAAGUUAUCAGCACAAUCUCCUCUCUAGGUUUCAAUUUCUACGUUGCCAACGAAGCAGCCAAGCAAUACCUAGAGAAAUACACCAAGGACCCCGUCUCUGUAAUUGAAUUCCCAAAGAAUGAUAAGAGAGGCCUACGUGAAGUAUUCCAAAAAUACGACAUCAAACUCGUGUUCAACUUGGCUUCUAAGAGAGCCGAUCACACCUUAGAUGAGGACUACGUGAUGAGAAGAAAUGCUAUUGAUUUCGCCAUCCCACUAUUCAACGAACCACAGACCUCUAAGCUAUUCGCCAGAGCCUUGAAGGCCAACAUCGCCGAAAAAAUUAGAGUUCUGGACUCAAAGGACGUAGUAGUUCCAAGCGAGGUGCGUUCAUGGGAGGAAUUCGUUGGCUUCAAGCCAGUGUGA